AAUGUGAGCCCCACUAAAGAAGCCAUCAUGGGUCCCACACAACUUGCUGCACACAGCCAUGGGAAAAAGACAAGUGUAUUUGAGAUGGAGGAGAAGAAAAGGUUUGCUCUUUUCUAUGGCUCAGAGAUCCCACCUGAGCACUCAGAAAACCCUCCCCUGAAAAGGAAGAAGGGGCCUGCCCCCAAGAUGCUCGGAAAUGAGGUGUGCAGCGUCUGUGGGGACAAGGCCUCCGGCUUCCACUACAACGUACUGAGCUGCGAGGGUUGCAAGGGUUUUUUCCGCCGCAGUGUCAUCAAGGGUGCCCAGUAUGUCUGCAAGAAUGGCGGCCGGUGUGAGAUGGACAUGUACAUGCGCCGAAAGUGCCAGGAAUGCCGGCUGCGCAAGUGCCAAGAGGCAGGCAUGCGGGAACAAUGUGUUCUUUCUGAAGAGCAGAUCCAGCUGAAGAAACUUAAGAAGCAGGAGGAUGAUCAGGCUAGAACGGUAGUUGUGCGGCAGAAUCCGCUGUCGCCUCCCAGCAACCCUCCCAAAAUGACACCUCAGCAGCUUAACAUGAUAGAAAAGCUUGUGGCAGCUCAGCAGCAGUGCAACCAGCGCUCCUUCACAGACAGACUCAAAGUGACGCCGUGGCCUCAGAUUUCAGAUCCCCAUAAUCGUGAAGCACGACAACAGCGCUUUGCUCAUUUUACAGAACUUGCAAUAAUCUCUGUUCAGGAGAUUGUGGACUUUGCUAAGCAGUUGCCAGGUUUUCUGGAGCUCACCAGAGAAGAUCAGAUAGCUCUUCUAAAGAUGUCUACAAUAGAGGUGAUGCUGUUGGAGACAUCUCGGCGCUACAAUCCAGAAACAGAAAGCAUCACCUUUUUGAAGGAUCUGAAUUAUAAUCGGGAUGACUUUGCCAAAGCAGGCCUGCAGUUUGAGUUCAUUAACCCCAUCUUUGAAUUUUCAAAAGGAAUGAAUGAACUACAGCUCAAUGAUGCCGAAUAUGCACUUUUAAUUGCUAUCAGCAUUUUCUCUGCAGACCGCCCGAAUGUUCAGGACCAGCCCCUAGUGGAAAGGCUGCAGCAUACCUACGUAGAGGCCCUACAUUCUUACAUUUGUAUCCACAGACCAACAGAUCAUCUAAUGUUCCCACGGAUGUUAAUGAAACUGGUCAGUCUUCGGACCCUAAGUAGCGUCCAUUCUGAACAGGUGUUUGCUCUUCGGCUACAAGACAAGAAGUUGCCGCCACUCUUAUCAGAGAUAUGGGAUGUCAGUGAGUGACGGCACUCUC